AUGUCUGUGAAGCAGAUGGAUUCUACACAAAAUCUUGUUCUGAAAUCUAAUAAAUGUGAACAUGAACAUUUCAAAAACAGUUCUCACAAGGAUAGAGUAUUUGAAGUACUUCAGUCUUCACGUAACCGGGAUGACAUUUUUUGUGAUGUUAAGUUACAAACAGAUGAUGGUACUAUAGUAUUUGGACAUAAAAAUAUAUUGGCAUCGGCUACCCCUUACUUCAAUGCUAUGUUUUCUAGUUUUGCCGAAAGCAAUAAAGAUCUUGUUAAUAUAGGUAAGGUAGAUUCAACCAUUUUACAACUAUUGAUAGACUACAUUUAUACAGGAGAAAUCAUGAUCACUCAAGAAAACGUACAGGUUGUGUUACCAGCUGCAGAUCUCUUUCAGCUAGACUAUGUAAAACAAGUAUGUGUUGAGAUUUUACAAAAACUCCUGAAUCCUUCAAAUUGUCUCGGGAUUAAAGUAUUUGCUGACUUACAUAACUGUAUAGAAUUAUUGUCAAGCUGUGAAUCAUAUAUUAAAAAACAGUUUUUAGAAGUGGUUGAACACGAUGAGUUCCUAUCUUUGUCAUCCGAAGAAGUGAUUAAAUUAAUCUCCUGUAAUGAUAUUUAUGUUCCAUUUGAGGAAGAAGUAUUUGAAAGUGUCAUUAAGUGGGUAAAACAUGAAUUGGAUCAUAGAAAAGAGUUAUUACCUAAUGUAAUGGAACAUGUGCGUUUGAAAUUAAUUUCGAAAGAGUAUUUCUUAGAGAAAAUAGUUGAUGAACCUCUUCUUAAAAAUAAUCCUAAAUGUAAAGAUUAUGUGUUUGAUGCAUUACAUUUUAAUCUAAUUAAGUCAGUAAAUUCUUCUAUCCCACUAACAAUUAGGAGUAAACCUAGGCAGUUUAGUAGGUUACAACAAGUUUUUCUAGUAUUGGGUUGGUCUGUCAUAGAAUUGAAGAGUGUUAUAAGUUGGUAUGACCCAGCAACCAACCUAUUGCGUAUUGCACCGAAAAUGAUUGAAUCCUAUAAAGGAUUUGGUUUGUGCGUUGUAAAAGAUCAAUUUGUGUUUAUUAUGGGUGGUAUUGAAUACUUUUAUAAUGGACAUAAAUACACCUAUCGAUUAAUGAGAUCUGUUAAAAUGCUUGAUAUGUCUUCAUCAUCAUUAUGUUGGGUUUCCAAGGUUGAUAUGUUAGUUAGUCGAAAAUCUUUUGGAAUUGGAGUAUUAGAUAAUUGUAUAUAUGCUAUUGGUGGACAAGAUAAUAGUGUAGAGGUUUUUAACCUUGAUACUGAACAAUGGAAAAUGGUAUCUAGUAUGAUCUACGAUAAAAAUAAUUUUGGUGUUGGAGUACUCAAUAACCGCAUUUAUGUAGUAGGAGGUUAUAAUGAUUAUAAUGGUGGUACGAAAUCUGUUGAAUGUUAUAAUCCCAGUCUUGACAAAUGGAACUCAGUAGCAGAAAUGUCAAGCAGGCGGUAUAAUGUUGGUGUAGGAGUUUGGGAUGGUAUAAUGUAUGCCAUUGGUGGAACUAAUGGAUCAAUACCUCUUAAAAGUGUUGAAGCAUAUAAUCCAGUUGCUGGAGUUUGGUCGUCUAUUGCCGAUAUGCAUUUGUGUCGAGAAAAUCCUGGAGUAGUGGUUUAUGAUGGUUUAUUGUAUGUUAUUGGGGGAAUAAACGAACCAAAAUAUUUAAAUUCUGUUGAAAUCUACAAUCCCAGAAGCAAUUCCUGGUCAAUUAAAACAAUAUCAAUAAGUCAUCAAAUUUAUGGAGCAGUAGUAGUUAUUAGGCCACUACAUUUAUAA